UCCAGAUUAUUUCUCAUUGUAUUUAUUCUUAGUCUUUAUGGAAAAUUUAGACUACCAAUUUGAAGUGAGAGUGAUGCAUGCAUCUAAACUGCAAUGGAUUGGUAUUAUAAAUACAACAAACACAACUAAAGCAUGAACAGGUGGACUCCAGAAGAAGAUGAAUUAUUCCUCUCUUUAGCUAGAGCUCAUGGUAAGAACAUCAAUAAAAUCUCAGAAAGUUUCCCUGAGAGAUCCAAGAACUCAUUACUACAUCGAUACAACAAAUUCUUCAGUGAUACGAAGGUCGGCAGCUGGGACGAAGAGGAGGAUUACCAACUCAUAAUGGAAAUAUUUGAGCAAGCCAAGAACCAUUUUGGAGCCCAAGGUGGGCUCCUCAAUCGUACCAAGGGAGCUUACAUCAAAAGAAUUGAGUAUUUCCAACAGAAGGUAGGAGAUUUUCUGUUUCCCAAGAAAGAACUCAAGGUUAAAAAGCGGGAGUUAAAGACAAUUAAGAAAAGAGAACCAACGAGGCUAAUCAAGCGCAAACCUAACAAAAGGUCUAAAAAAGUGGUUAAAGAGGAGUUCAAGGUCAAAUCAGAUAUGUUUGAUGACUACAAGGAUGAGUGCACCAGCAGUGGCAGCGAUGACGCUGCCACUUUCAAGAAAUUUACACUUGCUAUUAGUGAACCUAGAAUAUCUGAAAGGAAGCAAGAGAAAGCCAGAAAGUCUAAGAAAGUUAAGGCUACGCCAGAAAUAAAGAAGAGAGCUCUAGAUUAUGAGAUUAAAACAGAAGCUAAAGAUUGGACUGAGCAAAGUGAUAAGAGACUUUUAGAACUAGACAAGAUCCUUGGAUCCGAUAUUCAGUCAAUCCAGAACUUCUUCACUGAUAGAACAGUUGAUGAGGUUCAAGAUAGGCUUGAUCAUCUGAAGAACCAAACUAGCAAUUCUUCAAGGUUUGAUAUUCAAAAAGCAACCCCAAAUAUUGAGAAGGACCCAGAGCCUGCAUAUGAAGACUCCAGUGAGGAUGAGGAAAUCGAUAAGAAGUUUAAGGAUUCAAUAGCCAAGUUCUUGUAA